AGAAGAAGAAGAACAGCCGCGUCCAGGCGGGUUGCUUCAAAACAUUAUGGCGUCCAGAAGAGCAACAAUAGCACCAAGUAGUCUUAAAAACGCCUCAAACGACGCUAAAAGGUAAUUUAGCCAGUAGUUUGUCAUGUGCAAACGACUUUAGCUUUAUUGACAGCUAAACCUGAGGAGAAAUUGACAUAAUAUAGCCUACAAGGAGACCGAGCUAAAGUUUAUAGCGUUUUGGUCAAUGUGGGUAAAUAUUACCAUACAAUUACAUUAUACAGUUUAGUAGUUCGUCUACUGAGGAAACAAAUGGCUAUUAAGUGGGGUAUAAAGGCAAGAAUCCGAAAAUAUAAUAUCAUGUUAACCUGUAAGAUUAAGAUAACAGUAAUUCGGUUUACAUUGAAACAGCGUACCUCCAUGUCUGUCCUGUCGAAUUUGACAGCAACUUAAUCUUAUUUUUUAGCGCAAAAACUGGGAGCACUGCCUCUAAAGCCAACAACAGUGGAAAUGGGAAGAAGAGUGUUAAAUGUAAGUAUCUACAGUUUGAAACAACACACAUAGCUGAGUCUGUGGAAGUGCGUGUCUUGUCUUUGAAGGGUUUCUGUAGAGCUGUUGUAUUGGAGUCCAUUAGGUUGUUCAGGUCUUCUUAAUAUUCUGUCUCUUUGAUUUUCAGUUUACGAAGCUUAACUAAUGUUCUUAUUUCUGCUUCUCUUUUGUCUUUUCAUCACUCUUUAGCAAGUGGCACUAUUGUCAAGUCCAGAUACAUGCAGGCUGCUGAAAAGUCAUCUCUUUCAAAGGUAAUAAGCUUCAUUUUUUUCAGUUUCCAUAUAUCAUACAUGUUACAGCCUUAACUGCUAUUGCUAAUGAUGAAUGUGAUGUGUAGUGAGGAGGAGGGACAAAUACAAUCUCUGAAAUAGACUACGUACUGCAUGUUGGCAUCACCUCAAAACCUGAAGUGUUUGGUGAAGGGUGACCAAAGUUGGUCAAUAUUCAAAUUUGAUACCAUUAAACCUCCUCCACAUUGUACCGGGGUGUAUGAUAUUACUGUAACUAAGCAUACCCUGUCCUCCUACAGGAGUAGUUUUAUUUUAAGGGACCAACUUAUUCCUUUUCUCCAGGUUAUUAAGGUUUUUAAGCAGCCACCAGGCAAGCCACCUGUAGUUGGGAGAUGCAGGAAAAUCUGGAGGGAAAAGUUGUUGCUGCUCUGUUUCAUAGAUUUGAAAGCGUCCUGGGGUUGAGCAGGGAUGGGCCUCACUUUGAUCAUUUACGUUUGUGUCUCUAUGUACCUCUGUAACAGAGUAACUCUCUGACAAAUGAGUCCAUUGCUGCACCACCAAGACCUGUCUCUCCCAAACCCAGUGGUGUAAAACCAAAAAUAGGCACUCCUCCAAGACGCUCGAUGGCCCCACAGGCUCUUGCAACAAGUAUGUACAUUUAAGUUUGAUUAAUAUGAGAAUUAAUUCUGACGAUUGUUAACAAUAACUCAUAACAGUUGUAACUUUGCUCAUGUGGAAAUGCAUUAUGGGUCAUUUGUCAAUAAUGCCUUCUUGCAGCUAUUAUGUUAACUGUAAAAAAACUUUUUAAAAAUUACCUUAAAAGGGCUCUGCAGUUUUAGGCAGGACGACUUUACUAAUAAAUGAAAAGAUAUUUCUGCUGAGAUCUAGCCAAGGCAAGAACAUGGUCCUAAUGAGAACUGAGCAAAACUUCUUGUCAUCUUUCCUACAGCAAUAAUGUCACAUGAAUCUGAUAUGUCACUGCUGGGGAAAAGUGUUUUGCAGUCCACUUUUGCAGAUGGACACUGCUUCCGACCAGAUUUUGAUAUGUCAGUCAUUAAAGGUAAGAAGAAAAAAAAUGUUUUAAUAAACUCAAAUGCUUUGACUUGUUUCAAAAUUGAUCUUUUUUGUAACACUUUUCACAAUCUGUCCCUGUAAGAGAAAACAGGUGCUGUCGAACCUGAGAGAAAUCCAGAGAAUGAGAAGAGGUUUGUUGAGAUGCAAACAUUCCUACUGGCCUACCUCACCGGCAAGGUCAGUUAGUCUUACAGCUGUGUCUGUCUACCUUAAACUCCUUUCAUUGUGUUUGAUUGGAAAAAUCAAUGUGCACUUUCUUUGAGAUAUGAAUACAUUCAUACAAAGAGUAAAUAUCUGGUGGCAAUGAUCUGACCCCAUGUCUUUGUUGUCUGACUUAAGAUGGAAAGCAAUACUGCAAAGCUUAAAUUAGAGGCAGAGGCAAGGAUUCUUCAGGAGAUGGAGGAAGUUGAGGCACUGUACAAAGAAGUCCAGGAGAAGAAGCGCCAGUAUCUCCUAAUGGAGAAGGAGAGGCAUGUGAAUGAGAUGUUGGAUCUGCAGGUUAGGACACUACUUUCUUUAUAAGAAUCAUUUAAAUGAUUCAAAUGUUUCAGAAUUUUUUUCUCACAAGCUUAGUUACAAGGAAAUGAUUUAUGCUAAAGGACUGCUUUCAUUUUUUAUUUUUCAGAAAUGUUAAUAAUUGCAUUCAUUACGAACUGUCUGCUUGUGUUCCCCACUGAGUCUUUACAAAUGUCAUCCUACCAAUGUUUUUAACUUCAACAGAUUGCUGCACUGACCCCUGUGGCAGAGGCUGCAAAGCAGUUCACAACAGACUACAACACAUUUGCUCGAGCUGUCGACACCACCAGACAUGAGCUGCCUGUCAAGAAUUUCUACAUUGAUGGCGACAGAAAAGACUUCUUAGGUUGUAUUUAAAGAAGUUGUACCUAAUGAAAUACUGAAACAACCUUUCAGAUUGCAUUAAAUCUCACAUGUAGUAAUCAGUCUUCGCCUGGUAGUGCUCGACAAAUACUUCUUGGUAAAUUUUACAAGGUCCAUUCAUGGUUGUAUCUAAUGCCACCUUGUGUCAUGAGCACAGACUGUAAUGUAGCAAUCUCAUCUGAUAAUAAAUGUGUUUCUUACGUUUAUAGAUGAUGGCAUGUUGUGAAAGUUAAUAAUACAUACAUCUUUGUAUUUUAAGUAACUUUUGGAACUUUAAUGAUAACUGUAUUCAUGUGUAUCCACCUAUUUUAGAGAAAGCUGAAGCUUGCCUUAAGGAGAGUGAGAAGUUGCUGGAGGAGUGUACAGAUGGUGAUCAUAAAGACAACAGUGUUUCACUCGAAUGUCUAAGAGACAUGAAAAUGACAUCGAAGGAUAUCAGUCAGCAGCUUUCAGGGUAUGUACACUGUUUAAGAAAACUUAACUAGUAUGACCUUAUAAUUUUGUAAAUGAUAAUUUUGGUCUGCCUCUCUUCUGCUUUUGAAAUUCGUCUCCCUUAUGCCUCUUCUAUGCAUUGUUGUGUCCUGUUUUUCUAGGGCCUGUUCAGAGUUGCUGGAGCUGUCAUCACUGGUCUGCCGCCACACAAUCCAGGUCCAGCAGGCCACAGAAGAAGAGCAGUUAGGUCCUACAAGAACUCAGGAGCUCUACUGCCCAAAACAGUGAAGAUUGUCACACACCAUGAUGCAGAGGGCAUACACGCUCUAUAAAAUUGUUAUUGUUAUUAUUUGUAUUAUUAUUAUUAUUAUACACUUUGCUCACCCCUCAACACCAGUCUUCUUUGGUAUGUAUUUGUAACAUUGUGUCUUGAUUUAAUGUGCGGUCAACUGUCUGAUUUCUUUAUAGAACAUAAAAAUGAAACUGGAAACUAUCUGCUGAAAUUUUUUAAACAAACAACAAGGCUUGAAUCAAUCUGAAUAGUAAAUGUUUGAAUUCGUGCAAUUGUGAACAUUUGAUAGAGAAAUUACUCUGAUUUUAAAUGACCUGAGUAGUAGCAUGUUGACAGUUUAUUGACUGUUUUUCCUUGCCAUGACAGUUUGAACCUCUUUGUACACAAUGUUUCGUUAUCUUACAUUUCAGAGAAUAAAUUUUGACCUCUACUGUCUUAAAAUUUUA